AUGGAAAAGCCGGCAGGCACUAAGGAUAUGGGCAGCUGGACUGCCGCGGUGUACACCCCAGAACAGCAGGCCCGCCUAGGCCAGGAGCAUGUUGCUUCAUCCCAGGCAAGGACAGAGGCACAGUGGCUCACAGUGGCAUCCAGUGCAUCCGUUGACCAGCAUGGGAUCAUUGACAAUGUGACGAGUUUACCUUGCAGAG